CCUUAAAUAGCCACAAAAAGGACAGGUAGCCUCUUCCUACACCCACGCAUGGUUGAAUAUUAGGAGAAGCUCAAAGGGUUCUUGGCCCUCCAAAAAAUUAGGCAUAAAAUAGAUCUCUCCUCGCCCUCGAAGUACCAUUGACCGCAAAGGUGCCAUCCGCUGCGGUCAGUGUAAGUUUUCUAAAUCAUAUUGGGCAAUGCCCAGGGCUAGACAAUAUUGAGCUAGCCUUAGGAAGAAAGAGAUUGAGAGAGGAGAGAAAUGGCAUUGGCCCAUUGAGGAAGGUUUAGAACCGGUUAACAAGAAUUGCCAACAUAUGGUCAAUCUUGUUAACAGAGAGUUUUGAGGUUCCCAACAGAUGCAUUUCUCCCUCUCCCAUCAGCAAUUUGUGAAUUCAACAAGAGUGUGUGUGCACACAUACACAAGCAAAGUUUAGGAGAAAAGACAUGAGCACAAAGAUGAAGAAGGGGAUCCUGAGGCCGUUCCGCUAUAUCUCUAACAUGAUGGAUGGCAAGGAGCCUGAAAUGCAAAUCGGAUUCCCAACGGAUGUGAAACAUGUGGCCCAUAUCGGUUGGGACGGGCCCAGCGCCACCAAUAACAACAACAACAAUGCUGCUGGAGCACCUAGCUGGAUGAAGGAUUACCACUCGGCGCCUUUGGACUCAGCCUCUUUUAGGAGCGAAAGAGGGGGCACCGCUGCUUCAAAUCCCUGGGCUUCUCAAGAAAUAGUCAUGGAUGGGGAAAGCCUAGGAGAUACCUCGUUCAGGGACACCAGAAGCGAGGCGGGCGGCAUCGACGUCGCUGGGGGCGACUCCCCUCCGUCGCCCGGCACACGCCGGUCGAGGCGGCACCGCUCCCGGGGUUCUGCCACCUCCUCCAUAGACUGCAUGGGCGGCGAGGCCACGGAGAAGAAGGAGAAGGGCAAGAAAGGCACCCGCAAGAACCGCAAGAAGGACAAGGACAAAUUGUCAACUGGCGACGACGCCACGGCCAGCGGUUCGGCCACCUGCCAGGACCUCCCCGCCGUGCCCAAGAAGUCCAACCGUCGGAAAACCAAGGGCAGCUCCGAGGGGAGUGGCGGCGCGGCGGCAGCGCCGGAGGAGGGGUCGGCGGCGCCCCUACCCCCGGUGGCCGAGGACAAGGAUCGCGAGUGGUAAUCAAACGGCUGCGGCCUCGUAUACGAUCCAAACUUUGACGUCGUUUUUGGAGAUGAAAUGAAGCAUGCGCUGCAGAAUACUUUUGAGCUUCAUUAGGAGGAUCAAGCGCCGAUCGAUCAAUAUACGUAUAUAAUACUGGAAGGGCACAUGCAUGCAGACGUUCAAGGUUGAUUGCACGUUCAUUUAGUGUUCUCGGGAGUGGGUGUGCACGCACAAAUGUCAUUCUUUUCUCUAAUUCUUUCUGUAAUGUCGAUCCACCUUUUCUAGCCUGCUAUAUAUCUUGUUCAAGAUUCAUAUAUAAAGGG